AUGCCGAGAGAAGACAUAAACCUGCUCUGCGAGCGAUUUAAGACCCUUCUGGGCGAUCGACUCUCAGAAAACCAUCGAAAACAGCGCUUUUUCCCGCAUGGCACCGCGAAUGAAGUCUUCCGAAACCACAAGCCAGAUUUACAACAGCUUUUACAAUAUGUGAGCAAGGCCCUUCUAGCAGACGGGAAGCUUUUAAAGCGCGUUGCUCAUCGGAUCCUGGAAAGUCUCUCGAACGUCCUAGCAGUUGUGCUUAUGGACAGAGCGCGGAAUGACACGUCGGUCCUGGACCAGUUUCUGAGUCUGAUUCUACAUGGAGAUAACUGCGAGAGAACGACCCCAGUCUUGACCGAUGCCGAAUUGCCCAUUUCUCAAGCUAGGGCUGAAGGCCUAUUUCCGGACAGCGGAGGUGCCUUCUACACCAGGCAGCUGAGGUUCUGUGCGAUCGUGCUGCAAAAAGAAAAGGAGGUGAAAUACUUAGAUAAUGAGCAGAGCCUGUGCCCCCUCCCGUACCUGGGACAGAGGAAGAUCGGUUCUGGAGCCUUUGGGCAGGUGUGGGAAGUCGAAAUUGAAAUGCACCAUAUGCGUUCGGCGAGCGGAGACAGUGAAAAUCGAAAUCCAGUACUACUUGCGCGGAAGGACUUUCAAAUUCAGCAAGCAUUUGAUAAGGAGUUGGAAGUGUUGAGGAAUAUUAUGCACCAACCCGAAAGGCACGACCAUCUGGUGACUCUGCUCGCCAUUCUUCAACACGAAGCCACCUACAGCCUGUUCUUCCCGUUGGCGGUCUGCGAUUUGAGCCACUAUUUUGACCGUCUACACGACCCACCAGUCCCCGAAGCCCUAGAUGAGAAGAAGGCUCUCUAUCACCGUGGAGUUGCCUUGGCAGGAGCCUUGGCAUUCCUUCAUCAUGGUUUCUCUAACGUGUCAUGCUAUCAUCUGGAUUUGAAACCGCGGAAUAUCCUCGUCUAUAAUGCGGACACGGCAGAUGAAAUGUGGAAAAUCUCCGACUUCGGUCUUUCCCGAGUCAGAGUCAAGGCAAACUCGCCGAAAGAUGGCGACUCAACCAUGACAAUAGGGGUGCAGGGGACAUACUUAGCCCCGGAGUGCGCAGUACCUGGUGAGAAGGUCAGCGCUUUGAGUGAUGUGUGGUCAUUUGGCUGCAUAUUCAGUCUGGUUCUCACCUUCAUGAUGAAGGGUCGCAAUGGUAUCCUCGAAUUUUCGCGCCGACGAUAUCAGCAGCCCAAUGGUGACCUCUUCUACACCAAUCCUAAGAAGCCCCAAGUUUCGCCAGCCGUAACUCAAUGGUUUGAUCAUUUGAAAGAGUUAGCCCCAAAGGAUCCCCAUUCGAAGGUGAUAUGCGAAUCGCUUGACUUUCUGCUUAAGAAAGUUUUACUGCCUCAAAGGGAAAAUCGAAUGGGGGCGGGGGGAAUCGAAGCCCGAAUGAAAAAAAUCUGGACUGACUACAGCCGCUUAGAGCAUCAUUCAACACCUAACGGAAGGCGGCAUUCCGAUAAUACACCGCUCAGGCGGCGUAAAUGGCCGUUUGGGGCAAAUGCAAUCUCGGGGCCCACGCCACCGCCUCUGGAGGUUGGGAGCUCCGCUCGUGGAAGCAGAUUCUCGCCAGAUGGUAAAAUUCUGUGCUGUAUUUAUCCCAUCACGGGAGACUCCAUCAAUCAGAACCCAGAGCCCACAUCCCUCCCCGAAUUGGGCUCUAUAAAGAUGGCUGCCCUAUCGAAGGAUGGUGCGUUGGUUGCCUUCAUUAUUACCCAGGAACCGGGUGGGACCGAGAUGGAAUGCUUGCGAUAUCUUUGCAAAACGGAAGACUUGAUACAUACCACACGUGAUGGAGGGCACCCCUCUCCUAUAUCUAGCAGGUCAAACUCGGCAAUCUCUGCCCCUUCAUUGGGAUCCAUGACCACGAGAUCCGCUAUAAACAGGCUGGGGCCUGCCAUUGGCUCGGCUGCAGACAUUCGGUUCUUUGGCUUCACCAGCGAGGGACAAUUUCUGGUCAUGGUGACCCAAGAAGAAACGGUCAGCUUCCGUGUCCAAGCAUGGGAAACCCAGGGCGACACCCUGUACCAAGACAUGUUGAUUCCACAUAGGGGCUCUUCUGCCACAACUGCUGCACACUUUACAGCGUGCACAGUUUUUGUGCUCAGCGGAACUCUCCGUUUGGUUAUAUUGUCACAAGAGCAGUAUCUCAUCAACGCCAAUUUGUCCCAAAAGACAUGGAAGAUCAAAGAGCUGAAAAAGCAAAUGGUCCAUAUACAUCACAGCAAUGAUAACCAAACGCUGAUCUUUCUCAAGCGCGAUCGCAAACAGAUUUUUUCAUUGGCCGUCUCGGCCAUUCAUAGUACCUCUGAUCCGACCGAGAUGGCACACAUUAGUCCUCCAAAACGUAAGGACCAAAUUAGUAUUGUCAUGCGAGAGAAGGAGGGGGGGGGAUCGGAGGUAUUCUUGGCUACGGCGGAAGGCCUCUUCGAGACUGUUAAUGUGCCAGCCAAGAAAGUAUUACGAAAAUGA